CCGCUGCACACUCCCGAAGGCUGUAGCACUGUAACGGUCCACUCUGCUCUCUCCUCAACUCCACUGACCCGCAUUGGCAGCCAGUCAGCAUGUCAAUGUACGGAUUCCAACCAACCUUCUCCGGAAGCUCCAACACCAGCUCGCGCCGGGGCGUUUACGUGUCCGCCGCCCCCAAGGCCUUCAGCGUGUACGCGGGAGGCUCUGACGGCGGCACCCGCAUCUCCUCCUCGUCCAUGCGCACGGCCUCCUCCGGGUACGGCGGCGGCGCCGGCUUUGCGGGCGGCUCCGGCUUUGCGGGCGGCUCCGGCUUUGCGGGCGGCUCCGGCUUUGGGGGCGGCUUUGGAUCUGCAGGCGGCGGGGGCUUCCAGCUGUCCAGUGCCCUGGACGGCGGCCCCAUCCACCUGAAUGAGAAGGCCACCAUGCAGAACCUGAACGACCGCCUGUCCUCCUACCUGGAGAAGGUGCGCUCACUGGAGGCGGCCAACUCCAAGCUGGAGAUUCAAAUUAAGGAGUACUAUGAGAAGAAGGGCCCCGCGGCAGAGAGAGACUACAGCCACUACUGGGACAUCAUCAAUGACCUGAAGGACAAGAUUAACGGUGCCACAAUCAACAACGCCAACAUCCUGCUACAGAUUGACAACUCCAAACUGGCUGCUGAUGACUUCAGGACCAAGUUUGAGCAUGAGCUGAUGAUGCGCCAGUCAGUUGAGGCUGACAUCGCCAACCUUCGUCGCCUGCUGGACCAGACCACCCUGACCAAGGCCGACCUGGAGAUGCAGAUCGAGAGUCUGCAAGAUGAGCUGGCCUACCUCAAGAAGAACCAUGCAGAGGAACUGGCCGCCAUGCGUUCUCAGAUCACUGGAACCGUGAAUGUGGAGGUGGACGCCGCGCCCCAACAGGAUAUGUCCAGGGUGAUGGAAGAGAUCCGCACUCAGUAUGAGGCCAUAAUCGACAAACACCGCCGCGACCAGGAACUGUGGUUCAACAACAAGUCAGCCGACCUAUCUAAGGAAGUGGCAACCAGCACAGAGAUCAUCCAGACGACCAAGACAGAGAUCAACGACCUGAGACGCACCAUGCAGGGCCUGGAGAUCGAGCUACAGUCACAGCUCAGCAUGAAAGGAGCUCUGGAGAACACGCUAAGAGAGACAGACGGCCGCUACGGCUCCAUGCUAGCGGGCUUCCAGAACCAGAUCAACAUGCUGGAAGCAGAGCUCAACAACGUGCGCCAGAGCAUCGAGACCCAGGGCCACGACUACAAGAUGCUGCUGGACAUCAAGUCUCGUCUGGAGCAGGAGAUCGCCACCUACAGAAGCCUCCUGGAAGGAGAGGAGUCGAGGACCGGGGGCUCAGGGGGGUCGAAAACCACAGUCACCACCACCACCGUGCGCACCAGCUAGACUCCCUGCUCUGCUGAGGAACAGAAAGUACCACCCACAAACGCCGCACCCCAGUACAAACACAGAGAAGAGCCGUCACUUCAGGAGUACUGUGAAUGCAGAACGCCUCUCAUUCUGCUAGGGACUGUCAGACACCUGCCAGUGUGAUAUCUGCAUGUCAUAGAAAGCCUUACGUUCCACGCAGCCGAACUGAGUUUAGAAACAUAAAAAAACACAUUUGACGAUCAACUUGUGUAGCGAGUGUACGGCCAUCCUGUUUUUGACAAUAAAUGUGCAGGUGAAUAUCAACCGCUA